AGAAAAAAUGGUUCUGUUUUUCACGUGAGUAUAGAUAGUGAUGAUAAUCAUGAACUUCAGAGAGAUUGUAUACUGUGGCUUUAAACUGCUUAUAUCAUAUCAGCUUGAAUAUUUUAUAUUUUUUCAUUUGUCGUCAACAGCCAACGUGUGUAUUUCAGUCGGUCAGUGUCUGUGUGUGCUUAUCUUAAUGAUCAUUUAAUAUAUUUUUUCCUUGUUAUAAAAAUAUUUUUACUGCGUAUUAGUACAAGUCUGGCAAAUAACAGCCUCAAGUGUUUGGCUAAACAGUUAUUGUGUUUAUCAAAAUUAACAUUUAAUAAAUAUUGCAAAUAUGGCUGUGUUUGAUAAUAACUCACCAUAUCUUGAUGCAAUACAAAAAAUUCCUGGUAAAACACCGGGUGAGAAAUUGAAAACACUGAACAAUAUUGCCAACAAGUUUAUUGCUGUGUCAGCAAAUACUACUGAUAAAAUUCAAAGUACACCAGAACUUUCAGAUGUCCUUGUACCAAUUGUUAGCCUUGAAGUUGCUAAAGUUCUUCAUCAACCUGAAGAAAUUGUUGCUGCAUUAAAAUCUGAUGAUAUUGCACUCAAUGAUCGCGCACUCAAGGUCAAAUGGUUUUUCAAUGGUACCAAUAAAAAUAUAACUAAUUUUGAUUAUUUUUAUAAUAAUAUUUUUUCAUACGUUUCUGUUAAUACACGUGAUAAAAUUAUUAAAAAAUUAGCAAAACAUUUAUUGUUGAAAAAUCAUACAACUAUUGCUGAAGAAUUUUACAUUAAUUUAAAAAACAAAUAUGGUGAUAAUUCAGCAAGACGACUUUGUUUUGCGUGCAGUGAAAAUUUUAUUGAAAAUACAAUAUUCAACUGGAAAAAAACACUAAAUUUUGUUGAUCUUGAUAUUAUUUAUCAACGUUAUCCAAAUGUUGCUAUAAAAUAUAUAAAAAAAAAUACUGAACAAUACCAAAAGUUUCUUCCUAAAUUAUUAAAAAAACAUCCAAAUGAAUUUGUCAAUUUGGCUAAAGAAUACUCGGGAAAUUUAUACAUUGAAUUAACUCAUAAAAAAUCUGAAUUAUUUUUAAAAAAUUGUCGUCAUGAACUUUUAGAAAAUCCAAAGAUUUUUUUUUCUAUAUUACCAUUGGAAUUUAUAACGUCGAAAUUAACAAAGACAGAAUUUUAUAAAGUCUUUAAAGGAUUAUUUCCGUCGAAUAUAGAUUCAUUUGAUUAUGAUGAAUUUUAUAUAUAUAUUAAUUACUUGAAAUAUUACGAUGAAAAAGAAAAAUUCAAUUAUUUCAUGUCAACAUUUCAAGAUCUUUAUGGAUUGAACUUUUUAGAAAAAUGUCCAAUGACUUUUGAAAUAAUAAAACUGUUGGAUCCAGAAGAACGAAUUAAACAAGCUAGAAUAAAAUUAGAAAAUGAUGAAAGUAUUGGUAAAUCAAAAAUCGAUAUAGAAGAAUUAUGGAUAUGUUAUUUACCAACAAACGAAUCAAUUCCUGUGCUGAAAGAAAAAAUAACAAAAACAUCAGAUGCUGAUGAUCGUUGUGAAUUUUUAAAAGCAUUAAUUUACACUUGCAGUAUCAACAAAGACGACGAUGCUCUUCUAAAUGUUCUUGAUUAUAUUUUUUCACAUCAUAAAAAUGAAAAAUUUCCAGCUAUUCAUAAUAUUUUGGAUCAAAUUUCUACAGAUUUCGAUAUUAAAAAUUUACCAAAUGAACAUUUGGUUAUUCUUGAUAAAUUUAUACGUUUUUUAAAUAUAAAAAAUUUACUUAAAAAGCAGGCUUCAGUUAGUAAAACUAUACUUGGUGAUUUAAUUUAUUCUAAAAUAAAAAAUCAAGAAGAUAUUUAUGAUUAUAUUGGAAUGUAUAUUGGACUACAAUACCCUGGUUAUUAUCAUUGGGAAAUUUUAAUUGACUAUCCAGAAUAUAACAGAAAAUGUUUAGUUGAAAUUAUUGAAAGAACAUUAAUUUUAAAAGAUAAAUUUCAAAAUUAUUUAUCAAGUCUCAUCAGCUCUUUAUUAGAAGCUAUGGCAGAUUUUAACGAAAGUAAUUCAAAAGCUAAAAAACAAUUGGACAACUUAGAUAUUCAAAAUUUUCCAUUAUUACUUGAGGCUGUUAAAGAUAUUUUGAAGAGUAAUUAUAAAGCUCGUGAAGAUACUGAUGAUCCUAUUAAAAAAAUCAAAAAAUAUCUUAAAAAAAUUAAUGAAAAUAUUUAUUUAGAAUUGGAGUUAUCUGAAAGUGAAUUUAAUGAUUCUUCAAUUAUCAAACAAUUACAAAAAUCACCUGAUAAAAUUAUACAAAAUUGGGAAGCUUGUUUUGAUAAAUGUAAACAAAACAUUAAAAAACAUAAUUUUGUUCGUCGAUUUUUAAAUUAUGCAAGAUGGCAUCAAGACUUGCCAAUAUUAUUUUCAAUUAAAUGUUUCAAUGAGCUGAAAAAUGAAGAUGCUGAUAUGAAAAUGCUUGCUGUUUUGUACGAAGGUGCAUCUUAUGAGAAAUUAAUUACACCAUUAAUACCAGACACAAUGAAACUUGAUUUAGAAGAUGAACGUACAAAAGAUCAGUAUGAAUUAAAUACUGCAAUAAUAUGGUCACUCUGUAUUGUCAAUCCACCAUUGUCAUUAAAUCCAGUUGUUAAAUACUUUGAAGAAGAUUACAAAAAUGUAAUUGUUCACAGUUUAAAUAAUAUUGCAAGAAGAAUUCCAGUUGAUAAAAUAAUGGAAUUUUCAAAGACUCUAUCUAAUCAAAUAGUAUCAAUAAAAAAACAUGGUAUUAAAUUAUUUUGUUUAGUUGGUAGCUUUGAACAAAAACAAAUGAUGUUGAUUGAUUUAUGGAAAAAUGAAAAUCACAUUUCUAUUCGUCAAAUAAUAUUCGAAUGUUGUUCAAAGCUAUUUAUCGAUACUCCAAAUUUACAAAAUUGGAAUUUAAUUAAAAAUUGUAUUGCUGAAAUUAAAAUUGAAGAUUAUUUUUGGAAUAAUAUUCUUGAUUAUAAAAAUAUUUCUGAUGAAUAUUUCACAACUAGUAUAAUGGAAGUCUUGAAAACAAUUAAAAGAAUCGAAGAAACAAAUAGUGAUUUUAAACUUUCAACAAGUCCAAAGUACAUUGGUAAAAUACUUCGGAACAAUAUGUCCCGAUUAACGUUAUUUACUGAAGAACUACAUGAAAAUAUCAUCAAUAAUUAUUUCGCUGAUGUUUCAAGAUGUGAAUUUAUUCUGUCUGAAGACAUUCAAAUGUUUGUUAUCAACGGAUACAUUGGUGAAGCUAAUGAUGAACAAUUUGAAUUCCGUAUAAAAUUUCUAACAAAAUUGCUUUCAGAAAUUGUCAAUAAUCACUGGGAUAUUUCAUCUGAUCUCAAUCCAAAUUUUUCACCUGCCAACUUCAUGAUUGGUAGAUUAAUUCAUGGUGUCGGUAAGAUGAGUCAUAGCCCAAGAAAAAUUGAAACAGCUCAAACUUUACUCGAUGAUUUAUCAAAAAUAUUAAGACCUAAACAAUUAGGAAUUUGUUAUCUUAAUUUAACGUAUAUUAUUUUAAUUGACGAUAUCACUUUACCUGAAACAACUUCAAACAAACUUGUUCAGCUUAUUCCAUCAUUAAUCGAAAUAUAUUCCAACGAGGCAAUGCCAAUGAUCGUUUCAACCUUCAAAAAAUAUUUAUGGUCUUGUUUCGAUCGAUAUAUUUUUAACAGCAAUUAUAUUUAUGGAGGUAAACAUAUUUUUUGUUUAGAAGUCAUUGGACAUCUUGCUUCAUCCAAUGAUGAACUAAUUAUUCUCUUUGCAACUUUAUUACUAUUAGAAAUAGAACUACACUGCAUUGAUGUUUCGAAAUAUUUAAAAAUUAUUCAAAUACUAAAAAAAAGUAAACAUCCAGCUGUUACAUUAGCUUUAUCUGAUAGCAAUUAUUUUUCAUAUGAAAUAUUUAUACAAAAUCAACAAAAAAUUAUUACCUAAGUAAAUUAAUAUUAUUUUUUUUUUAUGUAAUACAUUAUUAAUUCUAAUUUUUGUUAUUAAAUUUAUUAUUUUUCAAUAUAUAAAUUAUUAAAUAUUUCUAUAUUAUUCUUUUCCUUGUAUAAAUUUAUUUUUUAUAUCUCUAAUUGAAUCAGCUGUUGCAAAAUAAAAUGCUAAUAUAGCUACAAA